AUUUGGAAAUCCCGUUCAUUGUGAAGCAGUAGGCGCCCUUUUCGAAACGGGGUUUCCGCUGUUUCUUCGCUCACACUCUCUUUAAAUUCGACCGAAACCUCCGUUUUGGGCUCUCAUUCCAUAAGCAGAAGCAGAAGCAGAAGCAGAAGCAAGAGCACAAGCAGGAUGAUGAAGCUUACGCGCUUGUUUUCACGGAACCAGCUAUUUGAACAAAUUGUGUGGAAGAAAGCUGGUUAUGUUGGACAUCCUUUGGGAUCACACCCUUUCUCAUCUAAUGCUGGGAUUUCGGAUUCUACACAGAAUUUUACUCGUACAGUGACAAAGAAUGCAGGUGGUCGAGUUUUUGCUUCCUAUCAUGUGUAUAAGGGCAAAGCUGCACUCUCCAUGGAACCUUGUAUGCCAACUUUCACUAAAGUGGAGUCUGGGAAUUUUAUAAUGGAUCGACGUGGUUCAAUAAUGCUGACAUUUGCUCCUGCCGUAGGCGAGCGCAAGUAUGAUUGGACAAGGAAACAGUUGUUUGCAUUGUCCGCAACAGAGAUUGGUUCUUUAAUCAGUUUGGGUCCCAGAGAUUCAUGUGAAUUCUUCCAUGACCCCGGAAUGCUUUCAAGUACUGCUGGUCAAGUAAGGAAGAGCUUAGCUAUUAAGGCCCAUACAGAUGGCAAUGGCUAUUUCUUCUCUUUGAAUGUUGUUAAUAAACCACAAAACACCAACGAUUAUUUGAGUGUUCCCUUCACAACAGGCGAAUUUUCUGUGAUGAAGACUGCUUGCAGUUUUGCUCUGCCUAGCCUUCUUGGUUGGGACCGGGUGACCAAUCCUAAUCUUGGCGUGGGUAGCGUUUUUCAACCAAAAAAAAUUGAUCGUGAAGCAUUGAGUUUAGAGUGGGAAAGAUAAUUGUUUGUAGAAAUGUCACUUCCAUGAAGCUGCCAAGUUCAAAAGUGGGCUAAUCUUGUCACCUCUUCAACUAUAGUAGUGCGAUGGAUGUAUCCUUCCAAUUUUGCUUCACAGAAACUCUAGUUGGUGGCAGUGUACUAAAUAAUUUUUUGUAUCUGAAAGGCAGUGGAUUAUUUGGAUUGGAUUUUUCAUUUCUGAAAAAAAAAAAAAAAAAGUAGCAAUGUACACAAGCACUCUUGUUAACUGUGGCCGAGUUAGAGAUGGCUUUUAGUAGUUGACUAAAAGUACUUUUCACAAUGCUUCUAGCC